AUGUCGCUCUGGAACCCAGAUAACAUCCGUGAUGUCGCUGAAUCCGUCGGGAUAAACUCGCUGAACGACGAUGUAGUCGAGAACCUAUCCCGCGACGUCGAGUACCGCAUUUCCCAAGUGCUGGAGGAAGCUCUUAAGUUCAUGAGGCACGGCAAGCGAACACUGCUCACGACACAAGACGUAUCGAAUGCGCUGCGAGUGCUGGACGUCGAACCGCUAUAUGGCUAUGAAUCCGCGCGCCCGCUGAGGUUCGGCGAGGCGACGAUAGGUCCCGGCCAGCCGCUGUUUUACGUUGAGGACGACGAGGUUGAUUUUGAGAAGUUGAUUAAUGCGCCACUUCCAAAGGUGCCUAGGGAGAUAUCCUUUACCGCCGUCGAAGGCGUACAGCCUACGAUACCGCAGAACCCUACGGCGGCGGACACACGGCACCUCGAGCUAGUAUCCAAGGGCCCGAAUGCGAACGCCAACCUGGCUGCUAUGAGCGGCAAUGAGAAUGUUAACGUCAAGCCAUUGGUUAAACAUAUACUCUCGAACGAGCUGCAGCUUUACUUUGAGCGGGUGUGCAAUGCAUUCCUGGACGAGUCGAACGAGGAGUUCCGCAACUCUGCGUUUUCAAGCUUGAAGGAAGACCCAGGCUUGCACCAGCUGGUUCCGUACUUUGUGCAGUUUAUAUCAGAGAAAGUUACGCAUAAUAUCAAGGACAUCUUUGUCCUAACACAGGUGAUGCAUAUGAUCGAGGCCCUGAUACGGAAUCCGACAUUAUACAUUGACCCUUACGUUGCACCGUUGAUUCCACCGGUGUUGACAUGCCUUAUAGGCCGCCAGCUCGGUAGCAGUAACGACGCAGUAGAACACUUUGCACUACGAGACCUCUCGUCGUCUCUGGUGGGGAUGAUAGCGAAAAAGUACUCGCAGUCUUCACACACUCUCAAGCCCCGUCUGGCACGAACGUUCCUGAAGACCUUCCUGGACCCUGGUCAGACUUUCGGUGCCCACUACGGUGCCAUAAUUGGGCUCCAAUCCAUUGGCGGCCCAAACGUCAUUCGCGAGCUGAUUAUCCCUAACCUGCCCGUGUACGAAGUCGUGCUGAAGGACGCCGUGACGGACGAGGGCCUUCGGAAAGCAGAGGCAGAGAAAGUGACGGGGGUGAUCAUUGCCGUGCUCUCGACGAUCCAGGACGAGUCUCUCGCCCACACAAACGGCUUCUCGGACGCUGCGGCAGAGGCGCUGGGCAAGGAGCUUGCUGCAAAGGUCGGCGAGCUGAUUGCCUCCCGCAUCAUCGAGUCUGGCCAGCUGCCUCUCGCCAGGGCGAUUCUCGAGAAGCAGCAGUGA